CUUGGAAACCGUUCUCUCCUUCGGUCCCCCCCUCCCCUCUCUCUCUCUCUCCCCUUUCCUCUCUGGCUGUCUCGGCAAAAGCUGACAUCGGGGGAGGACUAACACCGCCAAUAACUCUCUCAGUCCUCCGCUCGCCGCCUGAAAUCCGCCCUUUCUGUUGGAAUCUUCAGCCGGGAAUUCCAGCUCCUCUCUCGCGCUUCCUUUGCUCCGCUCCUUGCUUGGAUCAGAGGCUUCUCAGAUAUCUUAUACCCCACGCUCGGAGCCCAAAUUUGGUCGCUCGUGCUGGGUUUUGGAGCUUUUCUUCGUUCAGUCUGAAUGAAGGAUGAGUAGAGACUCAGGUGGAUUGAUGGGUCGAUGAAUGCCUGAUUUAGGGGGGGUCUGAUGAUUCCCCAAUUACGAGGUUGGAGAUUUCAGGAGCAGGUUCACCGUCGACGAGCUGAGCUGAGCCGUGCACUGUUAUGAAGGAGACUAAAAAUAAACCCUUACAGUGCAUGGGACAUAAAACUACCGUGCACUGUUAUGAAGGAGACUUUGCUCCUCGUUGCCUUGCUCCUUCUCAAGUAAUCAGCAGCUUCUUUUCAAGGCUUUGUUGUGCUGCCAUCACGCUGUGCCUUCUCAGGGAUUUGGCGGCUUAGAGUUUCCACUACCUUUGUUAUCCCUAUCAACUUGCCAGUUGUCGCGGUUUCUCUAAGGCGCUACUGCCCAGGUGACCUUCCAGGGUUUUGCUGAUUUCAUCCACUCUGAUUACGAGAGUUUCGGAUCCAGGUGGUAGGAAAAGUUGAUUAGUUGUGAGAUGGUAGUAGAGAGUGGAAGCAGCAGUGGCAGCAGCAGCAGCAAGAUGAUCCAGAAGAUGGUGCUCGGGGUGGGGUUUUUGGUGCAGGGACUGAGGUGUUUCCCUUGGAUGGCUGUUAACUUCUUCCUGAAGGAUGCACUCAAUGUGGAGCCCUCCACGCUUCAGAUCCUUCAGAACUCUGCUAACCUCCCCAUGGUUGCAAAGCCUCUCUAUGGGAUUCUCUCCGAUUCAUUCUACAUAUGGGGCCAGCAUCGGAUCCCCUAUGUUGCUUUCGGGGCUUUAUUGCAAGCAGUGUCCUGGCUUGCUAUAGCAAUUUAUUCGACGGAUAUCACAGUCAUCACUAUGUAUCUUAUCCUGAGUAAUCUCGGGGCUUCAAUUGCGGAGGUUGCGAACGAUGCCAUGGUAGCUGAGCUAGGGAAACAGCAGGCCGCCUCAUCCGCAAGGAAGUCUCGGUCGUCUUCUUCGUCCGGUGAGCUCCAGUCCUUUGUUUGGAUGGCUUCCUCUGCUGGUGGAGUCCUUGGGAACCUCCUAGGCGGCAUAGCAAUGGAUCGGUUCUCCCCACAGGCAAUGUUUCUGUUUUUCGGUCUCAUCCUAACUAUCCAAUUUCUUUUAACUGUUGGCAUUCAUGAGAGCUCUUUGAAUCUCCCCAAAAGCACCGCUACCAAGGGUAUCAAGAAACAGCUUUACGAUCUGUCAUUGGCGCUAAAACGACCCGAGAUUGCAUAUUCCAUCACAUGGUUCGCAGCGUCCUAUGCGGUCAUUCCCUCUCUCACAGGGACCAUGUUCUUCUACCAAACCCAGCACCUGAAGAUAGACAGUUCAGUUCUGGGUCUCUCCAAGGUUUUUGGGCAGGCAGCUAUGCUCCUGUGGAGUGUUGUCUAUAACCGUCGAUUAAAGGCGAUUCCUCCAAGGAAGCUGAUCUCAGCCAUUCAGAUUCUUAUGGCGGCUUUGAUGGUCUCAGAUGUGAUGUUUGUGAAGGGAUUCUACCGAGAGAUUGGUGUACCAGAUUCCAUCUAUGUGGUGGUCUUCUCAGGGCUUCUGGAGGUGCUUUUCUUCUUUAAGAUCUUGCCGUUCAGUGUGUUGGUAGCAGAGCUUUGCCCCAGGGGAUGUGAGGGGUCUCUAAUGGCGUUUGUGAUGUCGGCAAUCGCACUGGCAUUCAUAUUGAGCGGUUAUUUAGGUGUUGCGCUCGCAUCACUUGUUGGGGUCACCGGGGUUGACUUCUCAGGGCUUCCACUGGGGAUUUCAAUCCAAGCGAUUUCGACUCUUUUGCCUCUUCUUUGGUCAUCUUGGAUCCCUGCUUCUGCCGGAGACCUGAGAUCGAAACCAAGGAGAAAGGAUGAAUAGAGAAAAGCCACGUUAGCGCAUUACAUAGAGUUUUAACGUUCUUUAAUUACGGCUAUAGUAUUUUACCGUUAGAUUGUCUUUCGAUGACACCAUGGGACUUCCUUGGCCCAUUUGGUGCAUUUAAAUUCUUCAUAUAGGAUAAAGGUCUCUUUUCACAUCUGUUCUGUACUUUGUUGUUGUAACAUAAUUUCCUCAUUGUUCAUUUUUUUUACCCGAAUCGUUUGGGUGGGGCUAUUUUUGCCUCUUAUCUGGCUGAUAUUUCUUUCUUCCCAACA